AUGACCAAUCAAUCUCCACAACUGCCGAAUCAUCGUUUUGGUUUAUGGCCGCAAUGGCUGGCAGCUUUAGAACUGCUUCUGAUGUCAAUGAUGGUGGGCUUGAUAUCAGGCUGGACUUCACCGUAUUUAGCAAAGCUGGAUUCAAUAGAGAAUCCGGACUCAGAGCUUCCAAUAAAUAAAGUUGAAGCGUCCUGGAUAGCAUCGCUGAUAAAUCUCUCCCGACCAGGUGGUGCAAUUUUAGGAGCAAUAUUUGUUUAUGUUAUUGGUAGUAGAUUGACGACGCUACUUGCCGGAAUUCCCUUUGCGCUGGGCUGGGCAUCCUUUCUAAUUAUGAAUUCAGUGACAUUAGUGUAUGUAUCACGAACCCUCUGUGGUAUUGGGCUGGGAAUGUACUACAGUUCAUUCCCACUUUACGUCGGAGAAAUCUCACAUCCGAGAAUUCGAGGCGCCCUGGUGGCUUUGAUCAUGCAGGGACUUAUGCUCGGAAAUUUGUGUGGGACAAUAAUGGGAAAAUAUCUGGACAUGUGGCUUUUCGCUUCUAUCAGUCUCAUACCGAAUUUGAUAUUUUUGGGUUCAUUCAGCCUGAUGCCGCAGACGCCACACUAUUUGGUGCGCUCAAACAAGAUGGAAGAGGCUGCUAAAUCAAUUAGGUUCUACAAUCGAAAUGCUGACGUCACCAAUGAACUUGAUGCUCUUAAGCAAUUUAUGGAGACAAAUAAGGCGCUGACGUUAAGAGACACAUGGCAGGCACUCAAUACUCCGUUAAAUCGCAAGACCUUAUUAAUGGUUAAUAUAAUAUUCGCGUUCGUACAAUUAAGCGGCCUCUACACCAUUUCUGCGUACAUGGAAAUAAUGUUGACAAAAGCUAAUGUAAAUAUAAUAAAACCCUCGACCUUAGUAAUAAGCGUUAGUAUCAUAAGUAUCGCUUCUAGUUGGAUAGCGACCUAUACUAAUGACAAAUGCGGAAGGAAAAUAAUGCUCCUGCUGUCAAGUAUCGGUGUCGCCUCUGGUAUGUUCUUAUGGGGUUUGAAUUACCAAUUGCUAGAUUUGGGUUAUGAAAAUCCGAAUCUUCAGUGGAUGUCAAUAAUCGCAGCUAUCGUUUAUCAAUUUAGCCUUGCAAUUGGUUUGAUGCCGGUACCUACUACGUUUAUCAGUGAAAUGUUUGCACCUAGUGUUAAAGGUAUAGGUGCUUGUAUAAGCAGCGGAAUUUCAGGUGUAUUUGCAUUCGCCGCUAGUAGAAGUUAUCAACCUAUGGUAGAUGUUCUCACAGAGAAAUACGUAUUUUGGAUUUAUGGUUUACUUAUGAUUACUACCGGAAUUUAUACGAUGAUAUUUAUUCCGGAGACAAAAGGUAAAUCGCUCGCGGAGAUACAGGAAAUUCUAUCUCAGGGUAUUAAAUCUAAAUCUAAUAAUCAUAGUAACAAGAGUAAAGUGUAUGAGGAAAAUUUUAAAAUUACUGAUAAAGUAUGA